AUGGCCGGUUCUGACGAGAAGAUCAACGUGCUGUUCUGCUGCCUCGGCAACAUCUGCCGUAGCCCCAUGGCAGAGGCGGUGUUUGCGGAGUACGUCAAGCGCAGCCAUGUCCAGGACAAGUUUGGCGUGAUCGACUCGUGCGGCACGGCGGACUACCACGAGGGCGAGGAGCCCGACCUGCGCACGACCAAGAUCUGCAAGGAGAACAACAUCCCGAUCAACUCGCUUGCGCGCGGUGUCAAGCCGGCCGACUUUAAUAAGUUUGACUACAUCUUUGGCAUGGACUCGAACAACAUCAAGAACCUCAAGUCGAUGCAGCCCAAGGGGUCCAAGGCACGGAUCAUGCUCUUUUCCGAAUUCGAUGACAAGCAGACGAUCUACGAUCCUUAUUUUCUCGGCGACGGUGCCUUUUUUACUGUAUUUGACCAAUGCGAGCGCUAUUCGCAGGCCUUCCUCGCCGCCCUGAAGCUCGCGCCGCCGGCCCAAUUCCGGAAGGAUGCGCUCGCCGCCCAGCGUGCGUCUGCGCUGCGCAGCAGCAUUCGCCUGUUCAGCGCGAGCAACGCCUGCGCAAACGUGCCCAAGGACCCUUACGGCACGCUCGGCGUCAAGAAGGACGCAUCCACCAAGGAUAUCAAGGCUGCGUACUACCAGCUUGCGAAAAAGUUCCACCCGGAUACCAAUAAAGAGCCAGGUGCCAAGGAAAAGUUUGUCGACAUCCAGGCCGCCUACGACCUCCUGAGCGACGACAAGAAGCGCACCGCUUUUGACCAAUUCGGCACCACGGAUGGCUCGGAUCCCGGCGCGCACGGCUUCAAUCCAUUCGGUGGCGGCUCGCCGUUCGGCGCGGGCGGCUUCGGUGGCGCGGGCUUUGGCGGCUUCCACUCGGCAGGCAGCGCCGAGUCCAUCUUUGAGUCGCUUUUUGGUGGCGCAUUCGGCGGCGGCGGCGCGCGCUCGACCCGCGGCGGAUUCGGCGGCGCCGACAUGCGCGGCGAAGACAUCGAUACCGCGGUCAACAUCUCGUUCGAAGAGGCGUGCAAAGGCACGACGCGCACCGUCACAGUGAACCAGGUCGAGCGCUGCGAUCCCUGCACCGGCUCGGGCUUGAAGCCAGAGGCAAAGCGCACGACGUGCGAGGUGUGCCACGGAACCGGCACGCGCACGUUUGUCAUCCAGGGCGGUUUCCAGAUGGCCAGUACGUGCCCUGCGUGCAGUGGCACUGGCUCUAAGGUCGCUGCAGGCGACGAAUGCAACUCGUGUGCCGGCGCGGGCCGCGUCAAGGCCAAGCGCUCGAUGACCAUCAACAUCCCAGCCGGUGUUGAUGACGGCUACCGCAUCCGCCAGGAAGGCGCAGGCGAUGCGCCGCUGAUGGGCGACGGGCCGCCGGGCUCGCUGUACGUUCGCAUCAAUGUCGCGCCGAGCCGCACCUGGCGCCGCCAGGGCACCAACCUCUUUUACCCGGCACAAAUUCCCUUCUACACUGCUGUGCUGGGUGGAAAAGUCCGCGUACCUACGCUUAACGGCGAGGUGGAUGUCCGCGUUCCUCCUGGCACGCAGGUCGGCGAGGAGAUGGUGCUCCGUGGCCGCGGUGUGCCUCGCCUGAACGGACGCAAGAACUAUGAAUCGAACGGUGACCUGAUGGUCCAGUUCGAUGUACGUUUCACGUCGCUUACCAAGCGGCAAAAGGAGCUGCUGCAGGCCUUUGCGGACGACGUGGAAGGCGUCUCGCGUCCUGUGACCGAGGCGCUCAAGUCCAAGACGGACAAGCAGGACAAGUCCGAGAAGAAGCCUGAACCAAGUGCUUCGGACAAGAAGAACGAGUCGGAUGACAAGACCAAGGAGAGCAAAGACGAUGGUGCGUCCUGA